GGUCGUCGUGAAAAUCAAAUAAAACAUUUAGGUUAAUCUGACCAUAAUUCAAUGUGACUUGAAUGAAUAAUAGCAAGAUGAAGCCUAAAACUAAUAUAAGUAAUUUGUUCAGUGAAGCUACACAGUCGAAUACGUAUGUUAAAGUCUGCGCGCCUAUGGUACGAUACAGCAAAGUUCAGUUUAGAACUUUAGUCAAAAAUUAUGGAGUGGACCUAUGCUUCACCCCAAUGAUAUUAGCGGAUUCCUUCUGCCAAAACGAAAAGGCGCGCUCUAGCGAGUUUGCCACCACUUUCAGCGACACCCCAGUUGUCGCUCAGUUCGCUGCCAACAACGCAAAUGACUUUGUGGAUGCUGCUACAUUACUAUACCCUUACACAGAUGGGGUUGAUUUAAACUGUGGGUGUCCUCAGCGUUGGGCCAUGAAGGACGGCUACGGCUGCGCUUUACUCUCCAAGCCUGAUAUAGUUCACAGCAUAGUGCGAGAAGUCAAAAAUAAAAUACCUGAAAAUUUCAGUAUGUCAGUGAAGAUAAGAAUAUUGAAAGAUUUGAAGAAGACUAUAGACAUGUGUCAGCAACUUGAAAAAUGUGGAGUUGACUUCCUGACUGUUCACGGUAGGACACCGACACAGAAAUCUGGAGAUAGUAUAGACAAGCCUGCGUUAAGGGAGGUCUGCGCUUCUGUUAAUGUGCCUGUUAUAGCUAAUGGAGGAAUUAAGACUUUAGCAGAUUCAGAUGAAUUGUUCGAAGUGGUCCAUUGCAAUGGAGUAAUGGCUGCCAGUGGAAUAUUAUCAAACCCAGCAUUAUUCAGUGGAGCCACCCGCACCCCAUUAGACUGUGUUCUUAUGUGGAUGGACUUGAAAAAUCAAAACAGAGAUAAGAUAACAUUCCAAUGCUAUCAUCAUCACUUAGUUUUUAUGCUUGAGAAAAUAUUAACUAAAACACAAAAACCAGUAUUCAAUUUGCUCAAUACUUUUGAAGCAGUUGAUGAUUUCUUGUAUGAAAACUUGAAUAUUCCAGAUAAUUUAAGUUAUAGUUGUAAUCUGGAUGAGUUUGUGAGUUGUGAGUUUGAUGAAGAUGUGAUAAUGAAGCACAGGGGCAAGUGCCGGGGCUGUGGCAAGAGCACAUAUUAUUGUAUUUGUGUGAAGUAUGACUACAAUACUACAGAUGGUAACUACUUCACAUCUUAUGUGCAAGAUGAAGAUUGUGAUGCUUAUUGUAAUAUGUUUGAUGAGCCCACAUGAAAUCAAAUAAAAUACAUA